GUCGCCAUUUUGAGAAGUGCUCGUUCCCGCCUGACAUGAUUAAUAUCAUAUAUAUAUUGGUUAUUCAAUGAUCUGACGAUUAAUUAUUGCAAAACCCAAACCAUAGAAUCAUAUUUAACUUAUUGCAUUUGAUGUCAUGAAUCCUUCAACAUGAAAAACUGGAAAUGAACCAAGAAACCCGUGGAGUCUAUUUGAUAUUGAAGAAGUUUCUCCGUGUUUACAUUUGAUAAAAUAAAUCACAGUCUUCUCUAAAGAUAACAAGAUGUUUUGGAAGUUUAAUCUUAUCACAACUUCAAAAAUUGAUACCUUGCUUGGGAAGGAGGAUGUCACUCUCCAAGAAUUAAUGGAUGAAAAUGAUAUACUACAGGAAUGUAAGGCACAGAAUAAAAAGCUCAUAGAUUUCAUUAUAACACCAGAAAACAUGGAUUGCAUGGUUAAAAUGAUAACCGUAGAGCCAGAGGAUGAAGAAGAUGAGAAAUGUAAAUACAGAUUUCCAAACACAGCAUGUGAGCUGUUGACCUCUGACGUCCAGCAGAUUACAGAUGCUUUAGCUGGAACAGAAGAAUUAGUUAUCAAAUUGUAUAGCUUUUUAGAGGGAGAAAAACCUCUCAACCCAUUGUUAGCUAGUUUCUUCAGUAAAGUUAUGGGAUUACUGAUCACUAGGAAAAGUGAAAUGAUUUUUGAAUUUUUAAAGUCACGAGAAGAUUUUAUAGGGCAACUUCUGCACCAUAUUGGUACUUCAGCAAUAAUGGACUUGUUAUUACGGUUGUUGACUUGUAUAGAAUGGAUUGAGCUUAAAAGAGCCGUUGUUGAGUGGUUAAAUGAGAAACAGAUAGUAGAACGACUUGUUGACUGCCUUGUAUCUGCAGAGGAUGAAGAGGUACAUUGUAACAGUGCACAAUCAUUAUGUGAUAUUGUGAGGUUAGGUCGUGAGCAACUGAAUCAAGAAAAUCCACUCCUGUCCACAGUAGAACAGGAGGAAACUGUAGCUAAAUUAUUAACUAAUAUGUUAGGACAAGACAAGAAUGAAUCUGUUAUAGUUAAUGGUCUCUCUGUGAUACAAACACUGUUAGAAUUUAGGAAACAAAGCCCUGAAGGUUCACAAGAGCACAUUGCUUCCAUAGACACAGAUCGUUUAGCACAAGGUGUUAGCAAUGUUUUAUUAGCAGUCACUCCUAGGUUAAAAGAUUUUCAUAAUUUAUUGGUGGAACCUCCUCAGCAACGGUUCACUUCAAUGCCAACAACUAUAGGCACAUUAGAACCUCCUCUAGGAAACACACGUUUACAGAUUGCCAGAUUAGUUUCAGCUUUAGUUUUAACCAAUACACAUUCUGUCAACAUAGAAUUAGCAAAUUUAGGGACCAUUGGUGUUUUAUUUGAUUUAUUUUUUCAGUAUGUUUGGAAUAAUUUUGUACAUGUACAUGUAACACAGUGUGUAAAUACAAUACUCUAUAAUUCUCCUGUUGAAGUUGAUGGUAAAAAAGAGCACCCUUUAUUAGCACAAUUAUUUGCAGAAUUUAAUAUAUUACAAAAAAUAAUAGAUGUUUGGGAAGAAAAUGAUCAGCAACAAAGUCGGGAUAAGGGUAGAAGACGAGGCUACAUGGGUCAUCUGACUAAAAUAGCCAAUGAAAUUGUUGCUGUUGUAGAAAAGGGGGAAAAUUCUGAACUAGUUAAAGAAUAUAUAAGUGAAACUCCAGAAGAAUAUAAAGAAAAAUGGGAAUCAUUUGUAACAGGUGCUCUAUCAGAUAUAAACAAAAGGAAUGCAGUAGAAUUGAUAAGUGGUCACAAUUUAGCAUCCAGUAGCGAGGAUGAUGAUGCUGACUUCCGUGACCUUCCAUUCCCAGCUGACGCAGCAUUACAACAGGCAUUCUCAGAACAUCAACUACAACAAAUGACUAGUAAUUUUAUAGAUACAUUUGGUUUUAAUGAUGAAGAAUUUGUGGAACAAGAUGAUAAAAUAGAUUCCUCUUUUAAUGAACGAAUAUCAAGUAUAGAUUUCAACAUACAGGCUAGCGAUACAGAUGCAUUUGAAGACGUAAUGGGUAAAUUUGAAGAAAACGAACAGAGCGUAUCAAUGUUUGAACAAGCAUGCAAUGAACGUAUACAACAGUUUGACGAUAACGACAGUGAUGAGGAUAUCUGGGAGGAGAAAGAGAUCACGUUUUCACCGCAGGCUCAACAACAACAGCAACCUAAAAGGUCAGGAAGAAUGGCGGAGACAGUCGAGGAUGAUUCUAGUGAUACAAGUACUGACAGUGAGGAAGAGCUGGACUCUCCUCGUAAAAUUGUACAGCAACCUACCAGUGAAAAUAUGGAUGUUGAUGCUAAUGAUGCAUGGACAGCCAACUUUGAGGAUGCUCCGAUGGAGGCUACUCCUGUUGCUAUGGAUACCUCACCUUGGAGUUCAACUCAAACAUCAUCAGCUGACAGCCAACAAGAAAAGUGGGCAGAUUUUACAGGGAAAGUGCCAACUAACGAGGAAGAAGAAGAAAAAUGGGCAGAUUUUAGCAGUAUUUCAGAAUUAGCCAGGACAGAUCCUGGGCCUCGAAGUAGUUCACCUGUUGCUAUGGAUACAACAGAUGUGACAGAAGCAAAUUCAAGAACAGCUGCUUACUUGGCUAAGACCUCUCCUGCUGACCUUCUGUUGACCUCUAUAGACGGUGUCGAGGGAGACAAAUCAUCAGAUGACAUACAACAGGAAGAAGUAUCCUCUUCAGAGGACGUUAGUCCGUCAACAUCUGAAGAAAGUGCCAUAUCAUCCGAUACUACUCCCUCAUCCUCUCAGGAAUCACAGGAUAGCAACCCCAAAUCAGGUAGUGAAGCUGAGGAGCCAUCAAGUUCUACAGCACUUCCUGAACCGACCUCAGAAACAACAGAAAAAUCAACAGAGGAAAUAUCUAGUUCAUGUAAUCCAGACAGCAAAAAUGAUAGCUUUUUAGCAUCAUCAGGAUUAAUAAAGUCAGAAAAAGUUAUAGAUGUUAGUGUUCAACAUGUAGUUGAAGUAGAGGUUAAUGGUCCAUCAACUGAGUCUACCAAACUGUCUCUUGAAGAUUGUAGUUCUGAUACCAAAGAAGAAAAGACUGAUAGUGUAAUUAAUCCUGUAGCAAACGGGCCUGUAUGAGGAUACGUUUUGGUGUAAUCGUUGUCUGUGAUUAACUUAAGCCUUAAAACUGACAGGAAUCUGCAGUAUUUUACAUCAUUAAAAGGUGGUGCUGAAACGUCCAUCGCCAAAAUAAAACUUGCUAACGAUGGUGAGAAUCUGUGAUGAGAUAACCCUGGGACCUGCCAUGACGCCAGCCAAUCAUUACUAUCAAUUUUAUAUAUUUAUUCUGACUAAUGAGUACUAAUGAUGGGUUGUUGUCAAUCUGCAUGGAGAAAUUUUAAAUAGUUCACGUCAUUUUUUAUAUGCAAGUUGAAUGCUCCACUGAGAGAAUUGUUUUUCUCUCUUGUGUAGUUGAAUAUUUUGUUGUUUUAAGCUGCAAAUUAGGUUACUGUUAUUCCAGUUUUACUGUUGUUUAGAUUGAAAUGAGGUCACACGACUUAAUUUGCAGUACAAUCUUGUUAUAAGUACUUGGUCCUUUUUGCAGGGGUAAUUUUACUUUGUAAUAAAAAAAAAGUAUUAAAAUGUGAAAUUGUCCUGUCAUUAACAUUUUAAUAAUAAAAUGUCCCAAAAAUUAAAAAAAUAUUUAUGCAGUACUUAAUUGAAAGUGGAGUACCCCUGCUAGGAUAAUCAUGUACUCAUAAAAGUCUUUGUUCAUACUAGAAACAUAGUUGUACAGCAAUAAAUUUAAAAUUCUAGUAAAUGACUGAUUUAACUAGAGUAAAUUUUGUUUUUAGUCUGACUUUUGAUUGAGUAAACUACACUACAUAUUAACAGCUAUCACUGUUUUAAAAAUGUUUGUCAAAAUUUGAAGGAAUUGAGGGCUUAUGAGCAAAUAGGUAAAUGGAUGAAUUUUUUCCUACUGUUAGGAUAUAACAAGUCUUAAAAUGAAUUUAGGGAUCAUUGUUUUGAAAAUAAUAAGUUUGAUGAUUUUUAAGAUAUCACAUGCAUGGUUUAGGGUAAGAUAGGAAGAUAAAACAAUGGAUUUUAAUAGGAGAAAAAAUGUUUCAAUAUUUUUUUUCUGUAUAAAGAAAUCUCAUUUGCAAGAUGUUCUUGAAUUUUCUAUUUUUUGAGGUGGUACAUAACACUACAGGGAGAUAACUCUGUAAAAGUCAGCUCAACAUUUUAAUCAUGUUCUAUUUUUAAGGAAAUAUUAAGCUUCUCAAUGAUCAAAAUUAGUGUUUGUCAAACUGCUAUAUAUCCAAUGAAAUUUUUCCAAUAAAGUGUGUGGUUCAAGUUUUUUGAAAUUUUGAUAUUUUUGUCAAAGGGUCAAAGUAAAUAUUUUGUCAAAAUUUUAUGAAAAUUAAACGAGUCAAAUUAAUUUAAGUCAAGGUGUUUGGUACCACCUUAAAGCUGCUAGUCUGUAGAAUAGAUUAUUUUUUUACUGAUGAAUACAUGUAUGACAUAUACAGCUAAAAUCAAAAUUGUUAGCUCAAUGUUUUGUAAGUGGACAAAAUGUGAUUUUCUCAAAUGUUGUUAUCAAAAUGUAUAUCAUAGUUGCCAACUUGUGGACUUAAUAUGAUAGGGUCAUGACAUUCAAAUGUGUUGUGUUAUGUUGAACAUGUUAUUUUGGUUGUUGACAGUUUUCAGGCUAUUUCAAAGUAGUGAUAUAUCUUCCUUUAUAAUUAUGUUCAAACAAUAAUUUCUUAUGUUUUUUUUUUAAUGGUAGUCAUUGGUAGAAAUGUCAGUUGAUAUCGAAUUUGGUGUAAAGGAAAAAGGGUUAGUUAAAUAUUAUGCCAUGAAAAUAAUUGAUACUAAGAAAUUAAUGUUUCUAAACUUGGUUUUCCUGAAUGGUUUUACACUAGUAAUUUUUUGGGGCCCUUUGUAGCUUGCUGUUCGGUGUGAGCCAAGGCUCCGUGUUGAAGACCGUACUGUGACCUAUAAUGGUUUACUUUUAUAAAUUUUGACUUGGAUGGAGAGUUGUCUCAUUAGCACUCAUACCACAUCUUCUUAUAUCUAUUGAGUGAAAACAUUUUGGUUUCACUGUUGUUUGUUUGUUAGGGGUGUUUUUGUUUGUUUGUUAGGGGUGUGAUCCUUUGAUGGAAUAGUGUAUUGGCAACUGUCAUAACUUAAAAACAGUUUAUAAAUUUGUCUAGUUUGUAGUUCAUUUUGAAAAAAAAAACAUAGAAAAAAUUUGGAUCCAUAAGGAUUCACAUUUAACUGUUUCAGUAGUUGCUGACAUCUAAAUGUUUGUUUUUUUUUCAUAUCUGAAAUUUAACACAAAACAAGAGAUUGAUAUCGCUGUUAAGUUGUAUUUUCUUUGAUAAUUUUUUUCAAACUCUAGGGAAAUUGAAAAAAAAAUGUUUACCUUCCAAAUAAAGAAUGAUUCUUUGAUAUGGAUUAAGACCCCCAAUGGUCUCUUGUGAUUUUGCAGCAAUGGAAAUCUAUUGAAAUAAAAAAAAAAAGUAGGUUAAACUUCAUUGGGUUUCAACAUUGCUCAGAAAGUGAUAUUUAAUUUUUUUCAAUUGACAGCUUUUUACUUUAGUUAUAAACAUAAUAUAGAAGUUAACAGUUUUGUUGAAAUUGUGUUAGUUUUGUUGAUUUUGAAGUGUGGAUGAUAUUUUCUUAUUUAUUAGACCAUUUUUUUGUUGAGAAAGUUUGUGUGAAAUAUGAACAAGAAUGGACAUUGGCAUGAAAGUGUUUAUACCCCAUUUAAAUCAAUUUAUGUAAACAGGGACAAUUCAUCAAUGUAUUACAAAAUGCAGACAUUUACCCCUAUGAUUUUUUGCAGGAAUGAAUCAUAUAUAUUUGUAUGUCUAUAAUCCACUACAUGACUUGCAUAAUAAGAUAAUUCACAACAGACAAUAUUUGAAUCAGAAUACUAUGUUCAAUUUAAAGGUUGAAAAAAUUGGAUUUCAAGGUAAUUACACUGGUUGAUGGAAAGAACAAGGGCUUGGAUAAAAAAUAUAUAUAAUCAGAUGUUAUCAAAGGGAGAUAAUUAUUUUCAGAAACACAUUAUCCCCCUUUGAUCAAAAGGAAAAUUACUUGGAAAAAAUGAUUGAUUUCUGGCUUUUGUAAAUCUUAGUAUAUUAUAUAGAAAGUAAUUUGCAUUUGAAUUAGAUAUUUAAUUUAAUUUUGUACAGUCAAGGAAUAAAACUUAAUGAGAAGCAAUUACUCUUCAUUAAAUCAUUUAAGCCUGAAUGCAUUUAAAUACUUCAUAUCUGGUAAUUUAGAACAUGCUGUGUCUAAAUCUUUUGACUUAAUUUAUUUAAGGGAAGUAACUUUUGCCAGUCAAUAAAUGUGAUUUAAAAAUGUCUAAGUGACACAGAAUAGAACCUUUUGGAGCAAGCAACAUCUACUUUUUGGCUAUUAGUUAUUAUAUGUGAAUCCUUCUUUGUCAAUAUUAUUGAAAUUUGUGGAUAUUUUUUUCAGUAAGAUAAAAAUUAAAUGAUGGGAUAAAUAGUUAUGAUAUAAAUUUUGUGUAUUCUCAGGCAUUUUUGAAAAUGUAGACAAUUAUAAAACAACAACUAAAAUUGUGAUUAGUUUUAUAAAGCGACUCUUUUCACAAAAAUGAAAAUCCUGUUUAUUCCAAAGUAUUUCAGUGUAAAUAACAAACUGUUUUAAUCUUAAGAUUUUUGUGAAAAGAGCUGCAAUUAAAAACAUUCAGGUAUUGUAAUGUCUUGCCUGUGUAUAUUUGUCAGCAAAUUUUAAGGAUAUUAUCAGUAUUAUAUCUCGGAGGUAUACCGUUUCUAUAGCAACACUCAUUCUCACUUGAUACUAGUCCGGAAAUCAUUCCUGUAGGAGAACCGGUGAAUUGUUAUUUCACAACAUUUCUUAAUUGUUUGUGCUGUUUUUGUCAAAUAUUUGCAGCAAAAAUGAUACAAUCAUUAAAAAAAAUCAUUUGGUAAUUUAUUUCGGAGUUUACUGGACGUAUUAUGCUUUGAACAGUUUUCUUGAACAGUUUUCAUGAAGCUUUGGUGAAUUUUUAUAUCUAUUGAUGUGAGCUCCCUUUCCAUUUUCAUAGUUUCUGAGUUAUGGGGUUUUAUUCAUUAAAAAAGGGAGAUUUUCCCGUUUUCGGACAAUUACUCAAAAAUGCCUUGAGCAGUUUUCAUGAGACUUUGGUGAAUUGUUUAUGUCUAUUGAUGUGACCUCCCUUUCGAAUUCAAUAAAUUUUAGAUUUUACGUUUCCGAGUUGUGGGGGUUUUAUUCAUUAAAAAAGGGGGAUUUUCCAGUUUUUCGGACAAUUACUCAAAAAUGCCUUGAGCAGUUUCAUGAAACUUUGGUGACUGGUUUAUAUCUAUUGAAAAAGCGACGGGCUUAUCAUGCGCUCAUGGCGCAGCUCUUUAUUAAUUCAGUUAUGAUCUUUUAAAGAGAUCUUUGCACCCAAAAAAACUGUAAACUAAUGCAGAGUUACCUAAAUCAACCUUUCUACUGAAAGAAUUUCUAUUUAAAAUGCUAGCAGUAAUUAAAAAUGCAUUUUAAACAAUUGAAAUCAGAAUUGACCUGAAAUUGAACUUUUGAUGUAAUGUUAUAUUUACCUUUUAUGAAAUGCCUAGCUCAGUCUGAUGGAUAAUGAAUUGAAACAAUUAGUUCAUUUUUCCCAGAAUGCAACUUAUUUCUUCCAUACAACUGUUUCUUGCAAAAAGAAAAGAGAGAGAAAAAAACCCAUGUGAAAAGAACUUGAGGCUGAAUAUUUUAUUGAGAUGAAAUAGGUGUUCAUUCAGAUUAAAUAGAAGUUGAGUUUAUAUUAUCAAAAGUACUACUAUAGUUUACAGUAUAAAUACACCUAUGCAUUAAUGGUUGAACCAAUUUUGCUGCAAUGUUUGUCCAUAAGAAUCAAAAUAACAGACACCCACCCCAUUAUUAACCAGAAUGUCAUUAAUUUUUAUAAUUCUCUCAAAUUUAGCAAGUGUCAAGAUGCAUUUUGUAGAAUAGAAAUCUAUCCCCCCAAAAAAUCGAUGCAACUACAUAAUACAAUACCUUCUUUGGUAUAGGUACCUUGUGGGCUAUUUCAAAAACAAAUCGUCUCAUAUGGGUUGUAAUAUUCCUAAAGUCAAAAAUGUUUUGAUUGUUUAUUUCAAAAUAGAAUUUACAAAUUUUUCAAAUGAAUUUUUCAGAUAAAAAAAAAAUGUGUGAGAAAAAACUUUUUACAAACCCUGAAAUCCUUUUACAAUUCCUACAACCAUAAACCAACCCUCUUAUGAUUCUUACAACCCCAAAACGUCUUACAAUUGUUUUCUGGAAUAACCCUGAAGUUUGAUUGAUUGAUUAAUUGAUUGCAGUUUAGAACCACAUCUGGAUGCUAAUUCCAAACUUAAUCUUGACUGGAAAUGUAGUUUGAGAUUUGAUGAUUAUUUUUUACAUUGUAUUAACAUUGUUAAAAUAAGGAGAUAUAAGAUAAUUUUGACCAUAAGAAACUACAGGUAAAGUAACUGACCAUGUGUUUUGUGUAUAUUAUUAAAUUAUCUCCCUCAAAAAUUCAUCAGAGCCUAAGGAAGAAAGAUGUUGUACAAAACAUUUGGAGGUAACUAACUUCUAUCUAUUACAGAACCUUUGGGCAAUUCUAAUCUGCUGAGUUGGAGCUUAAAAAAACAUGGUAUAUUAUCCCAUCUUUAAAAUGUUGAAAAAAAUAGUCACAAACUAAUAUUCAUUCUUUUAAAUGUUUUGACUGAAUAUUUCUACUGCACAUAUUAUUUAGAAUGUUGUUUUAAUGGUAUAACGCUCCCUGGAGGUAUUUUCUUGAAAAGCUCAGAUUAUUUUAUGGUCAUGUUGUUUUAUUUGCAUACUAAGUGGCAAGAGUGAAAAAUGUGAACACGUAUUGAGUUGCUGGUUGCAUCACAUUGUGAAAUUGUGUUUAUAUUUGAUAUUUUAUAGUGCUAUGAAGAGAAUUAAUUGUAUAUAUUUAUGAAUGAGAAUAUAUAUGUAGAAAACACAAAUAUCAGACCACAUAAAGAAAGAAUUUAAUGUCCUGAUUCUCUGCUGUUCUGUUAUUAGGAAAUUCUGGUUUUGUCCUACAAAUAUUACAUGGACCAUAUUAGUUUUUGGUCAUGCCAUUUAUAGUUAUUUUUGAAAGAAUUGGGAAAAAUUUCUAUAAAGAUAAUGAUCCAAUCUUCAGUUUUCUGUGUAGUGUUUUAUGAUGUUUGUCUUAUAUCUUGGUCAAGUGUUUUCAGUUUUUAUUCAUUAUGUGAUAUUUGAUUCUGCUUCGAUUAAAUAAACUAAAACAUGAUUUUAAUGUGUGAGAGAAGCCUUUAAAAAGGUGACCUAUGGUUAGGGACAUAACAUUUUAAAAUCAUUGGUACGUUUGUGAUGGUAAUUUUCAUAAAUAUAUUCUAAGCUUCUAAAUAACACAGAUUAUUUUCAUUCUGUAUCAUAUUAAAGCUUAAAAACCAUUGAUGAAACUUAAUUUCUGCAAACUCAUUACUGAUUUACCUCAAAUCAUAAAUUUUGCUUCAGCAAAUGCUUUGUCCAUUCUAAAAUGUUUUCUUACAAAUGACACUACAACAAAGUGUAUCUUCAUAUAUCAGUCUUGUCAUGAUUAGAGUGUGUGAACUAAUGAACGAUGAAUUAAGUUAUUUGAUUUAGAUUUCUUUAUGUGGUCUGUUGUAUAUAUAUUAUUGACCAGGCAGGGUAUUACACAACAAAACGUUGUACAUUUCUUCAACCCAAUCAUAUUUUUAUGUAUUUUUAUAAUGACAACAGGUGUUCAUUGUGUUCGGAAUGCCAUAUGCCAAACAUUAUAGAAACGUUAUAUUCUGUUAAAGCAUUGAUAUUCACGUGAUGCACAAAUCCUCACCACUGCUUCAAAAGUGGCCAACAUUUUUCUUUGUUUACUUUUCUCUUUCUUUGUUUUUUAAAAAGCCUUCAAAGUCUGUCUCAUUUUCUUGGACUUUCAAAGUCCAUUUGCUUCAGUUUUUGUAAAUAAAUAUUUUACUGAGAUGUAUUAGUCAGACUCCCUCACUUUAAUAGCAGAAUUACACAAAUUAAACAAUUAUCUCCCUUUGGUUCAUAGUGUUAAAGGGAGACAAUUGUUUCCUCUGUAAUUUUGUUAAUGGGAUAUACAAUUGGAAAAUAUUUCUCGUUGGUUUAUUAAUAUAAAAAAAGAAUAUCCUUUGAAAAGGAGGCAAAAUGUUUGUUAAAUUAUUUAUCUUUGCUGGGAAAUAUAUUCAGGUAAAAAGUAUAUCACAAAAAGGUACCUCAGAGAAUCUGUUUGUAUAAAAAAUAUAUGCAAAUUACGAAACUGCUUUUAGAGAUAAUCAAAUUUCAAAUAAAAAACAAAUAAUUGUUAAUUUUGUUAAUUUUUCUAUUUCAAAGAAUGAUUUGAUUAGUUGUUGAAAUAAUAAAAAUGUAAAUGUUAAUACUAAUUAAAAUUUAAGGAGAAGAUUUUCAUCUUAUCUGUGAAAAACAGUUCCUCCCACCAAAGAAAAAAAUUGUGUAUUUUGUGAAUGACAUAAUGAUAAUUGUUUAUUAACGAGUAUUGUGAAAAUUUCUUGUUAAAUAAAAACCAUGCAUUUUAUAUAAAAAAAACACUUUAAAAUGAAAAAUGAAUAUUGAUUGUAAAAAUUAAUAUGAUAUAAAGAAAGUUAAUCAGAUUUCAACAUUAGUUAAGUAAAAAAAAAUGAAGAGUCAAGUCAUUGAAUUGAAGUUCAGAAUGCAACCAUUCCUUUAGUGGAUAAUAAUCUGUUCCUUAUGCUAACUUGGAUUAACACUUGCCCCGAAUUUGAAUAGAUGAUAUAAUUUUUAAUAAUUUCAUGUUGACAUUCCUAAUUUGGAAUUUAUGAUGUACAUAGGGCCAGUUUUUAAUUUGUUAAUGUUUUAACAUAAGGGAGCAGGUCCCACUUUGGUAUAUGCAAUUCCAAGGUUUUUAAAUGAGUGUAGAUAUAGCAUGGAAUUGUCCCAAUCAUAGAGAUUUCCAUCAAACUGUAUAUGUAAUAUAAAUAUUAUAUUAAAAUUGAUGAAAAGAAUUACUUAAAAACAA